CCCUAGAUUAUGACGCAUACUAUUGCUAAGAAGGCAUUGUGUUCUAUAGCUAAAAAAAACUAAGAAUUUGGUAUCUUGUGGUACAACAUUGUAAAUUGUUCAGAUACUGCAGGGUAAAACCUUGUUAGUACUUAAUAUUCCAAACUUUAGUUUCCAACGAAUUCCACAAUCAAAACAUUCAAUCCCCUCAGACAAAAAAAAACUGAAUCCCCUUAGCGACUAGAAGAGAGCAGUUUGGAAGUUCACCAAAUCCAAAGAUCCUUUUGGUCACCAUCUCUACUCUCAUGGUUUGCUGAACAACUUCUGAUCACCCCAUUAACCAAAAACUAUACAAAAUAAUCCCGCCACAUUGUAAAUUCUAAACUUCAUUUCCACAAAACUGAAAAAAAGAUGAAACCUUUCACAACCCCAACCCACACCCUAUCCAACUCUUCCAAGCCAAUUCUCACCGUCGCGGCAAUCUUCCUCCUCUGCUUCCUGGGAUGGGUUUUGUUCAUCGGAAACAGGGGAGACCCGAGCUCUGUUUUCCGAAUACCCAAUCCCCGAUCCGACGACGCAAAACGAGAAGUUGAAGCUUGCGAUAUAUUUGACGGAGAGUGGGUUAUGGACAACGAGACAACAAGGCCCUUGUACAGAGAGGAAGACUGUGAGUUCCUAUCGGAGUGGACGACUUGCUUGAGGAACGGAAGGAAGGAUGCUCUGUUUCAGAAGUGGAGGUGGCAGCCGCGCGACUGUUCGUUGGCCGUGUUCGACCCGAGGCUGUUGUUGGAGAAACUGAGAGGGAAGAGGAUCAUGUUCGUUGGGGACUCUGUGCAUCUUAACCAGUGGCAAUCUUUGGUCUGCAUGGUUCAGUCGGCUGUUCCUCGGGGCAGCAAGAAGGUGGUGUAUUCUGAUGAGUACACGCAAGCUUUUCAGAUUCAGAUGUACAAUGCAAGCAUCGAGUAUUACUGGGCGCCAUUCCUGGUUGACUCGAACUCGGACCCUCCAACAAUGAGAGACGGCAGAACAGAGUCCAUAGUCAACCCGGAUUCCAUCUUCUCCAAGCGCGGCGAGGCCUGGAAACAAGCCGACUACCUCAUCUUCAACACCUACGCCUGGUGGCUCAGAUAUCCAACCAUCAAACUACUACUACGUGGGCCGUCGUCGUCGUCGUUUGCUGACGUGGCACCGGAAUACGACGAGAUCGAACGGCAUCUAGGGUACGAGAGAGCGCUGCGGAGGUGGGGCGAGUGGGUGGAUGAAAAUGUCGAUCCCAACCGCACCUCUGUCUUCUUCACCUCCAUGUUCCCUCAACAUCAAUGGAGUCUAGAUUGGAAUAACACAGACGGCGUACGAUGCGAGAAGGAGACGAUGCCUUUUCAGAACGUAUCCGUACCACUGAAUGUGCAGACGGAUGUGAGAUUUUAUGGGGUGACAAGCAGAGUGCUGGCGUCGAUGAGAACUCCGGUGAACUUGCUCAACAUAACAGCUCUCUCGGAGCGACGGAAAGACGGCCAUCCUUCCGUUUACGGGACGUAUGGUGGUCAAGUGCUGACGCCGGAGCAGAAAUCUAAUCCGGCGGCUUAUGCAGAUUGCCUGCAUUGGUGUCUCCCUGGAGUGCCCGACACGUGGAACGAAUUGCUGUACAAUCGGAUCUUGGCCUACUGAUAUCCCAAGUUUUGUUCAUAAACGAGAGAAAGGUAAAACCACGGAGCAAUUUCUUGUAAUCCUUACAAAUGGGUCCACUAAUUACCUUCUCGUGUCCAUGAAGAGAAACAAACUACGGAAAGAUCUGAAUCUUCGUAAUCCUUACAAAUGGUCCUGCUGGCUGGCUGGCUGGCUGGCUAGUCAACACUCGACGGGUUUAUGCUUAGAGCUGUCAAAAUGUAACCGACCCGAGUAACCCGCCCAAUUAACCCGACCUGUAAUCUGAUUUGACUAAAAGUCAAUGACCCGUAACUUGUCCGACCCGCAACCCGGCCAACUCGCAAUCCGAUCGACCUGCAACCCUAUUAACCCGCAACCCAACCAACCCAAAUUCGUAAUCCAACCAACCCGCAGCCCGCUAUAAUAGAAGGAAUUCGAUGAAGAUAAACUAUAAGUUGACAUUUGAAAUCCUAGUUCACUAAAGUCUGAUCAUUACAUAAUCAAUUAUUAAUUUAGUAUAAUAAAUUAAUAAUAUACAUCAUCAACCUAUUAACGCAUAUAACAUCAUCAAAUGUUGAUUUAGAUACAUCAUCAACCUAAUAGUGCACAUAACAUUAUAAAAUAUUAAUUUUAGCAUAAUAAGAUAAUUAUAAAAUUUAAAAUCCAAAUAUCAUGGUCCUAUUAUAAAAAAGACUAAUAAUAGUUCACAAAAGUCUGAUCAUAAGCAACUCCAAAUCACACCACAUAGAGCGCAGCCUUACUACGAAAAAAUUGGAAGUUUUUGAGCUACCAAAAUUAAUCCCGCUUCAUUUUUCAUCUUCCCUCCCACCGGAACCAAAAAAGCCCGCUUUUUAACAUUUUCCAUUCUUUACAUUUUCUCGUAGUGCUCCAAAAUUAUAAGCAAAAUUUUGAUUCUGGAGCCAAAUAUUCGGCAACUAAAAUAGCAGGCGGGAAAAAUUGUGGCCGGCAAAAAUGGAGCAAAAUUUUGGUGAGGAAAAUUAAAGUGUCUCAAUUCUUAUAGAGUUCAAAUUAUGAGUUGUGUUUUUUUGGAGUCCCAACUUUGAAGUCGUGUGGUCCAAAAGAUGAGGGAGAAGAUUUUGAGUAUAAAUUUUAUUUUAUAGAAUAAUGAGAGUUAUCACCCGAUUGACCCGUAACCCGAUUGGCCUGCAAAAAGUAACGCAAUGUGCUCGUUCGCAAAACCCGCAACUCGAUCUCGCCCGUCCCGCAACCCGAUUGACCCGCACCCGAUUAACCCGUAACCCGAUUGACCCGCAACCCGAGUGACCCGCAACCCGACCAACCCGCAACCCGAAUUAACCCAGCCCGAACCCGUCCGAUUGACACCUUAUUAUGCUUAAGUCCUUGACUUUGCCAGGUUAAUAUAUUGACUUAAUAAAAGCGCUUAAUUAAUUAAUUAAUGAGUUGACAAACGGCCGGCCUAUGCAUACGUACAGCUGAACCAGUCUGAUCUCUAUUUUGUCCAAAGAAAAGGGGCUUAGCCUGCAAAACUUGAUGGAUUCAUCAAUCAUUAGUAGUCAAGCCAAGUGUGUUCAUUAUUAUUUAUUUAUGACUUGGUAAUUAACGUCAGCAGGCUGAGUUUUGUUUCCCCGUUAUUUUGACUGGGUGUUACUAAGAACCAGUACUGUGGGAUAUAUUAAUAUAGCCUUAAUUUCCAACCCCCGGGGUGACAAACACCAUUCAGCGAUUGCGAUUGUGUGCACAUAAGAAGAAGUAAUAACGGCCGGCGGCCGGUCUUAAAUUGGUCGACGGAAUAAACUCGGUCAAAUCUU